AUGGCGACGACACCUUCGAGCAGUUACCUGGCCGAGAGCAAGGUCGGCACAGUCCACACUGUCAUGUGGAUUCUGGCCGGUAUUUCUGUUACCAUCGUUGCGCUUCGUCUUUACGUUCGGUUACACUUGAGAACGAAUUAUGGCGUUGACGAUACUCUCAUUGCAGUGGCAGUUGUGUUAAAUAUUGCGUGUUCCAUUGCGACUUCCAUGGCCGCGAUGCAAGGCCUUGGCCGUCAUCUCCAAUAUGUGCUGUUAUAUCUCGACCCCAAUGCAGCAGUCCAGAUGGUCCUCGAUAUUACAAUUGCCCAGUCCUUCCUCAUCAUGGGCAACUGUUUCGGAAAGAUGUCGUUUGCAGUGACCCUGAUGCGUAUUAUCAAAGACACAGAGCUCUGGACACGCGGGUUCUUAUGGUUCUUGAUUGCAUCAAUGUUCAUUGCAAAUGCUUUAGCUGUCAUCCUGUUGUUCGCUCAAUGUGAGAACCCUAAGGCUGUUUGGGACAAAUCGGUCGAGUCCAAAUGCUGGCCCGCAGGCGUAUACACCCAAUUCGCGCUGUUUGUCGGGGGAUACUCUGGCGCUGUAGACAUUGUAUUAGCACUUCUUCCUUGGACGAUUUUAUGGAAUUUACAAAUGAAGAAGAGGGAAAAACUCGGUGUUGCACUUGCUAUGAGUCUUGGAAUUUUCGCGGGAGCUGCAGCUAUAGUGAAAACAGUUCUGUUACCCAACCUUGAUGCGACCGAUCCAUCUUGGGAUGAAGUAUCUCUAAUGCUAUGGGCAGAGGCCGAAGGCGCCCUGACUAUUAUCGCCGCGUCGAUUCCGACCUUGCGACCACUAUUGCGCAGAAUAUGGGGUACCACAAAUAGGAGUGGCGGCAAGAAUUCAAAGGAUUACCCCCUGAAAGCUGUUACGAACGACGCGGACAUGUUCAAGCAUCCCCAAGCGCUAGAAAACACUAGCCGCGUCACCUCGAUGAGGCGAGGGAAUCCAUUUGCUACCGACGACGACGAUAGCGACAGGAGUAUACUACAAGAAGGCCCACGGGAUGGGAUUACCGUGAAGACAAAUUACUCUGUCUCAGUCACGAGGAAAGCGUAG